CAGCGAUACUAGAUACAGAAUCUCGUUAAGCGAUAGCUUCUUCUAUUCCUUCCAUAACCAUUUGAACCAUUUGGUUAUUUGGUGCUCUAUUCGUAUGCCUUAGCCCGCGGUGUGUGAUAAUUGCGUUACGAAGGCCUGAAGCCUUUGGUGUAUGGAAAGACUUGAUUCUCUACUUUGUCGAUUAGAAAAAGUAACUAUUCUUCUUGAAGCAGCUGUCGUUAACAAUAUGUAUCGGACAUCACCAAUUAAAAUAUCUUCGGAAAGUGGAAAUCCUUCAUCAGUCAAGGAAUUUCAUGAAAUAGUCACUGGCCCUUUAUCGGAAUACGUACGUAAUAGUUUCGAAAUCGGAGAUAUUGUUGGAAAUCACGCCUCCAUGGUUAAACAAUGUUUUUUGAUGCAAGAAGGAAUAAUCAAAUUGGCAGCUGAAUGCUCAAAACCUUCUGACUCUGAACUUAAGCUUAUUAUAACACCAUUAGGAGACCUAAUAGAAGAAGUUAUCAAAUUUAAGGAUAAUAAUCGAAGCAGUAACUUUUUUAACCAUCUUUCAGCUGUGGCUGAGUCUGUUACAGCUCUAGGCUGGCUGAGUGAUGCUGUUGCACCAUCGACGUACGUUAAAACCAUGCAAGAAGCCGGUGAAUUCUUUACGAAUCGUGUUCUUAUGGAAUACAAAAACAACGACACAAUUCAUCGUGCUUGGAAAAAAUCUUUAAUGUCUGUUUGGACUGCAUUACAAGUUUAUGUUAACAAGCAUCAUACCACUGGUUUGGUUUGGAAUGCUCGUGGUAAACCAGCUGUAGCAUCGAAGCUGUCUAAGUCUUCGCCUACUCGUGAAGUUAAUUCCAAUUGUUCUGCACAAUCACCCCCUGUACUUACAGCUUCUCAUUUAGCUGCAAUGUCAUUGCAAGCAAACGAUAACGCAACACAGUCUAAUUUAUUCGCUGAUCUGAAUCGUGGAACAGCGGUGACAUCUAAUCUGCGCAAAGUGACUGACGAUAUGAAAACACAUAAAAAUCCCCAACUUCGUGAAGGACCUGUUAUCCAUACAUCACGAACUCAAGUGAAUUCAUCAUCGAAUAAUCCCACUGUCCGACCACCAUCUGAGAAAGAGCCGUCGGGGGCUGGAUGUUUGGAACUAAGGGGUAACAGAUGGACUGUAGAAAAUUUCCAGUCUGCCGGAAAUUUACAAAUUGUUAGUACCGAAACAAAACAAACAGUUUGUAUUCAUAAAUGUAAUGAAUGCACAGUUCAAAUUAAGGGGAAAAUUAAUUCAAUCAUGAUGGAUAAUUGUAAGAAAACCGGUGUAGUCUUUGAUCAUCUGAUCUCAUCUAUUGAUGUGGUGAAUUGUCAGAGUGUUAAAAUUCAGUGUCUUGGACAACUAUCAACUGUGAAUAUUGACAAGACAGAUGGAUGUCAAGUGUUCUUAAGUGAAGACUCAAAGUAUGCUGAUGUGAUCACAGCAAAAUCUUCAGAGAUCAAUAUCCUCAUACCUAAAGGAACUGAUGAUUUUGAAGAGUUCGCAGUCCCAGAACAGUUUAAAACAAAUUUUACUGGAAAAGGGUUGAAAACAGUGUGUAGUGAUUCUAGAUAAGAAAUGUUCGUCAUACACAUAUGUCAACAAUAUUGAAAAUUUCCAUUUUAAACAGCCACUUUAUCUUGCUUCAUGUACUAGUACAACAUUUUUGUUCAAGCGCAAUACAACACAGUGCUUUUCUUGAUAGUUUAAUUUGUUUGACUGUGUCAAUCUUUGACUUUCAAUAUCAGGCACCUGUUGUUUUAUCUCUUUUAUUAGUAUUUGCUUUUUUAUUGCUUGUUUAAAAAUAUACAUGUGGUGAUUUUUACAUCGGUCUGUGUAAUCCAUCAUCAUUGUUGUGUGGUUAGUCUGUUUAUUGUGCAAUGCUAAUAUGCAAUUUCAUAAGUAAAAUAUUAAAUAACGUUAAGAAUAAUAAUGACUUUGGUUAUGGUAAACUACGAAGAAUGAUUUGAAAAAGUAAGAAAACACCAUGUGAUAGUGUUCUUUUUUUUACACAGAAUAGGAUAUAAGCAAUAUACCUUUGUUUAAAACGUGGUCUUCUUUCAGAAAAAAAUAAUUGAAUACGAGAAAUGAAACAAGUUAUUUUGGCCACUUUAGGUACACUAGGUGGUGAAUAAAAAGUUUCAUAACCAUAUAUUUAGGAUUUUGUAUAACAACUUAUGGUUUGCUUUAAACGUUGUUUUGCAAUGCUUUUUUGUAGCAUCUUGUUAUCAUUACGACACCCACAACGAUUGUUUUCCCCCACUUUGUAAAAGAAUAGUGGGCAUUGACGCGCACAGUAUUGCUCUUUAAAUGAUUGUCUAUUGUCUUGGGUGUGCUGAUUGCGGAGGGUGGUAGCUACAAGUGAUCGGGUUUAGUUGUUUUAAGAUUGACAAACAAUUCAUGGCUAGAAGUACUAUCCAACGAUCACUGUGUUCACAUCAUGCAUAUUUGUACUCUGGCUUUAAUUAUUAACUGUAAAAGAGAAAGCUAUAUGCUUCAACAACGACGUCUGAUAUAUUCACACAGAAUCAAUUCUAAAAGGAACCCUGGAGAACAAUGUUAAUCCAUUCACAUCAACUAUAGAAAGCUUAAAACAUCUCCCCAAAAACAACCUUGCACUAAGUUUCCCAUUUGUAAAGGGUGAAAUUAUCUAUGUGUACUCACUUUAAAAUCCCAAACUACUGAUACACAGAUAUAAUUUGUUACUACCUAAUAAAUACCACAAUUCUGGCGUCGGUAAGCGGCAUACUAGAAAUCGCACCGAAUAAACUAAUUUGUUGUGUGAUUGGUACAUUCCUCAAUAUUUUGGGGCACAAGCUGGUGUGUAGGUAUUGUGAAGUUCGUUGUUUAUUUAGUCUGUAAUUCAAGGUGGCGACUUCUGGUCGGGAGGUACACGAUUUGAAUAGAAGAAAAUCAGGAGACACCAUAUCUAGAGUAAAUUGUUUUGUCUAAAUUGGAUGAUUUAAUCGUGUCUAUCAAGAAAAUUCACCAGCACAAGCUUCACAAAAAUAGGUGACUUUUAGGAAAUCCUCGUUGACUAUCAAUACUUUAUUCUAUUAACAUCGGAUUAGAUUAGUUGUCUCCAGCAGUUGUGCUGUCAUUGUCUUCACAUUUAUUUUGACCCUCUUCACUUUUUACUGGAUUAUACACACUAUGGCUGUUCUUAACCUGCCUUACUCAUCUUUGAGUACUAAGCUUUUAAGACAUUUCUGGUUUUUGUGUUGUCUUCGUUAGUGAUUUUAAUAUUUUCUAGUCGAAAUUCUGUUUCAAACUGGCCGCAUUUAUUGGCAUAGACAGGGCCGUGUUGUCAUGCUCAAAAUCAAGCUUGAAAACAGCACUGAAUCCAGUUUGAUACAUCUCACAAUAUGGAAAGAGCUCCUUAAAUAAUAUUAUCAGCUUAUCCUCGACACAUGACAGCUUGCUCGUUCGAGACUAGUCUCUUGGUAACUACGGCUAACCGACUGGUAAAUAACAUGCCUUAAGACAAAUCGAGCAAUGGGAAGUUGUCAAGAACCAUUACUGUUUUAGAAAGCUGUUCCGAAUGGUUCUCUUGCGUCUGGUUGCUAUACAGGUCAGCUUGAACCGGAAUCCAGCAACGAGGUAGAUGUAUGCGUACCAAGGAAACACCUCA